CUCGGGAGCGGCGGCGGCGGCGGCGAUGGCCCCGGAGCGCGGCGACCGGUCGCUCCCCCCCACCGGUACCGAGGGGCUCCCCCGGGUGUUCCUGCAGAGCCUGCGGACUCUUUUCGAUAUCCUGGAUGACCGGCGGCGGGGUUACGUGCACCUACGGGAGAUCGAGUCCCGCUGGCGGGGAGCCGAAGCCCGGGAGCUGCCCGCCGGGGUGAUGGAGGGGUUGCGGCGGGCGGCACCGGCCAGCGGGUACCUCACCUUCGAGCGGUUCGUCCUGGGGCUGCGCGCUGCCCUGCCCGGUGCCGACCCCCCGCUGGAGAGCGGCGGCGGGCGGCGGAGCGCGGAGAAGCCGCCGAACCCGCGGGGUGCUGAGGAGCGGCGGGGGAAGAGCGGCGGGCAGCGGGAGCCGGGGCACGGCCCGCACCGCGGCCGAGGCGGUGAUGCUAAGGCUGCUGCGCAGUCCCAGGGAGAUGGCAGCCAUCCAGGAGCUGGGGACACUCGGAGGCAUCAGAGGGGACGUGCAGAGCACCGCAGACACACCAUCACCAAUGGCGUGGACUUCAGCAUGCUGAAGCACAUGAAGGAGCUGGAGCAGGAGAAGGAUUUCCUGCUGCAGGGUCUGGAGCUGGUAGAGCGCGCCCGGGAGUGGUACCACCAGCACAUCCAGUUCAUGCAGGAACGCCAGAGGCUCCUGGGGAAGAACAAAACUAGUGCUGAAUUCCUCCCUGAGGGCAGCCAGAGCCACCUGGGAUGCCUGCUCCCCAAGCUGCAGGAGGUGAACCGCUGCCUGGGUGACCUGCUCUCCACCACCGGCAAGCCAGGGAACUCCUCCUCAGCCCUGAGCAAGCUGGUCCCUGUGGCGUCCCCAGCCUCAGCAGGCUCCCAGCAAGCCAUCAACAUGCUGAAGGAGCAAAACCGGCUUCUCACCAAGGAGGUGACUGACAAGAGCGAACGCAUCACCCAGUUGGAGCAGGAGAAGUCUGCGCUGAUCAAGCAGCUCUUCGAGGCUCGCGCCCGCAAUAACCAUGAGACGAGCCAGCUGGACUCUACCUUCAUCUAGCGCCUGUCUCCCCGCUCCCCGUCCUUGAGCUUCCCCGGGGGUUUCGUGGGACUCGUGCCCAAAACCCAUUGCACCCGUUACUCCAGGUGUCGUACCUCGACACCGGUGCUGCCGGUGGCAUCUCUGUGGGAGGGAGCCGGGAAGGCACUUCUCUGACCCCAUCUGGGGAGCAUCCCUGCGCUGCUCUGCUGCUGGGCUUUCCAGCCGUGCUGCUCUCAAGCUGCUCCUUUUCUGUCUCUAAAGGGACUGCAGGGACUGUACCCCCACCCUGUGAUCCCCAACGCCCGGGGGCAAACGGCCGCUGCCCGUGCUGCCUGCGUGGGGGGGCAGCUGCUGUGCCCUCGGCCUGCCUUAGGCUGAAUUUUGGCCACUCUUAGAAAAAGAUGAUGCAUCUUCAACGCUCCUGCUGGCAUCUCCAGGCAAGCCUGGCCGUUGAAGGGCGGCUUGUCCCGCUGUCAGAGGACAAGAUUGAAAAAUCCGAUGGGGCACGCCUGGCUGCGCUCUGCCGCCUGAGUUCUGACUGCCAGGGACUCUAUCCCGGGCUAGAGCAGUGCCCGAGCUGAUGCUCCUCCUGGAGUAAUCCCUCUUCCCAGUUUGUGGUAGUGAUGCCAUAGUCGCUGUUUACACGUCUGCAGGCUCCUGUAGUUAAUGAGCCAUAGACCCAAACGAGGUAGACGGUACCUCUGAGCUGCUGUUUCAGGUUGUUUGCAGGUUGAGGCUGACACCUCUGCAUCCCUUUAUUUGGCUUGGCCUGGCAAAUGUUUCUUUAUCACUGCCGGGUUUAUAAUGUUUUUUCGUGAUGACUUCAAAAGGAGAGGUGAUGUCCUACAGCGUGAGAAUGCUGACGCGAGCCUGACUUCACGGAUGGGCUUUAGGACAAGGCUUUGUAUUUAACUGGAUGUGGGCAACGGAGCGGAGGCUGAUGGGCUCUUUCCUUUGCACAUCCCCACGUGGAGAAAUGGCAGCUUCGCCUCUCCUGGUGGUGGGUGCCGGCUCCCCGGGGCGACAUCCUGAGUGCGAACUGCACCCCUCUGCAGGUCUCUUGGGGCAGUGGGGGUGGUCUGAGUGUGGGUCCUGUUAGACUGGAGCAUCUCAGAAUACCUCCUCCUUCCCGCCCAGCUCCGUGGUGCUUGGGCUGAGUGAUGUCUUCCACUGUAGCUCGGUACGUGGUGUUUAUGGUACUUUCCUAGGAGAUCCUUGUGAAUCCCCACGGAGCACAGGCCUGGCCCUCCAUAGCUCCAAGACCAGGACCUUUCUCCCCAGGGUUGUUUCGUGCUCUGACUCUCCCGGCACGACGCUGUGGCACGAUGCACUGAGCUGGGCAGAAGGUGCUGGACCUGCCCUGGGCUGGGCACCGUGCCGACCAGUUCCUUUCUCGCUCCUGUUUUUAUCUGUACAGUGCUGGCUGUCCUGUCCAGCUCCUGGCCUUGAGGUUGACCUUGACCUGAAGCUCGCUGCAAGGCGCAAGUCCCUGCUCUGCCCUUGUGCCUGCUGCCCUGUGUCGGAGUGGGGAUGGGCAGAGAGCCGGGGAGAGGGAGGAGGACGAGGAGCAAGGCCAUGGCUUGGCGUGUCCCCUGCCUGCAGGAGUAGGGUGUUAGGUGUUCCCUGGGCAUCGGUACUGCUGUCUCUUUUCAUGAUGCCACCUCUGGUGUCCGGUGCCUGUUCUGCCUGAGGUUUGAAUAAAAGUGACCCUCUUUAUGAGGAGAAUCACCUGUCUGUAGGGAUAAUAAA